GAGAGAGAGAGAGAGAGAUAGAGAGAGACUAGAGGAGGAGACAGACAUACCUAUACAAGGUUGUAAUAUAGACCUGUCUGUACAUAUUCAAUAACUUUUAUUCACGGCAGGAUUAUUUUCUAUCAAAGAGCAGGGAGUACGUUGGUCCGUAUUAACGGCCGGAUUCGUUCGUUUCCGGUUCGGUCUCGUUUCUGUUGGAUCUUUAGUGUCUGGCUAGCGAGCACACUGCUAGCCGCAGCUAGCCGGAUAAAUCUCCUCUUUCCUAGGCCUCAAGAGCCCAUUAAACACAGAGAAUGGCAUUAAAACGAAUUCACAAGGAGCUGACUGAUUUGGGCAGGGACCCUCCAGCACAGUGCUCUGCAGGGCCAGUCGGGGAUGAUUUGUUUCAUUGGCAAGCGACAAUUAUGGGACCUAAUGACAGUCCAUAUCAGGGCGGUGUGUUUUUCCUGACUAUUCAUUUUCCUACAGACUAUCCUUUCAAACCACCUAAGGUUGCAUUCACCACAAGAAUUUAUCACCCAAAUAUUAACAGUAACGGCAGCAUCUGUUUGGAUAUUCUAAGGUCACAGUGGUCUCCUGCGUUAACUAUCUCUAAAGUUCUAUUGUCCAUCUGCUCGCUCUUAUGUGAUCCAAACCCAGAUGAUCCAUUAGUGCCAGAGAUAGCACGUAUCUAUAAAACAGACAAUGAAAAGUACAACAGAAUAGCUCGGGAAUGGACUCAAAAGUACGCCAUGUGAUACCUGGAUAUCAGACCAAUUUGCAGUAUAGCUGGAAAAAUCAAACUACAACCCCCCAACCCCCCCAACCUACCCUUAACGAAUUGACGGUUAGCCAUAUAUUCAGACCAUAUAAGUUCUGCCUGGUUAUUUUGCCCCCUUCGAUAUUCAUUCACGAGCUGUAAAAAGGACCCCACGACGUUGCGAAGAUCACCAGCUUUCUGUUCACAAAAAUGCUUGUGUCAAAAAAGCAUGUUUUCACUACGAGCUCAGAUGUUUUUUUAUUAAAAUAAAAAAUUAAAAACUUAAGAGAAAACAUUGGUCGCUUGUAACUCGUGCCACUGGCUAGAGGUGCUAUUUAAGAUAAAUAAAACAACAGUUUUACAGGUGCCAGCAAACUAUGGCUACGUUCACACCGCAAGCCUUAAUACUCGAUACAGAUUUAAGGAUAAGAUUUUUUUGUUGUUUGGCUGUUUUUUUAAUGUGGCUGAUAUCAGAUAAGGUCAGAUACACUUAUUGUUUACAAGUUAAGGUUUAUAAGGUGAUGUGAAUUCUGAUAUGACUGUUGAAGCUGAGGUUGCAUUGUAAAACAUUAGACAUGAUUCCAUGUGGUUUUUGCUGUUCACACUGUCAUGCAAAAAAAAAAAAACAGGUCUAAUUCACAUUAGAAUAAAAAUCAGAUUUUGACUGCAGUGUGAACGUAGCCUAUGAAAUCUGUUGGCUUUCAUGUUUUUAUAUGCUUUUACGAUAGCAAUGAGAACUAUGGUCUGUGAAAUAUAUUCUUGCUUAUAACUGACUGUUUCUUACCAAAUCAGUCACGUCAUUGUAUCAGCAGUUACGAAAAUAUAUAUUUUGCAUGUACUAAAGUAAUUGGUCUGUGGUCUGCCAAAGAUGAAUAUCUGCAGACGAUGUUAAGCAAAUACACGUCCACUUUUAGAGUCUGAGAACUUAUUUUGUUACUCUUUUUCUCUCCUGUUUUUGAUGUUUUUAGAACGGGGAGCUAUUAGUUUGUCUAUCCUCCUAAACACACUGUUCUCUCAUUGCACUGAAUAUAUACGUGAUCGAAAGCUCUUGAUGGACGACUGAUCAACUAAUAGCUCUUCUAGCUGUUGAUUUUUGUUCGCUCAAUAAAGUUGAUAAACAAU